AUGAAAGUUUUGAGCCAUAAGUCACAGCUUAUUAAAUAUUGGAAAACUCAAACAGCAGAGAAACACUAUAACUGCAGUGACUGUAGGAAAGCCUUUUCUCAGAAGUCGGACCUCAUUAAGCAUCAGAGAACACACACAGGAGAGAAACCCUUUGGAUGCAGUAGAUGUCAGAAAGCCUUCAGGCGGAAGUCCCAUCUCAUUUUACACCAGAGAACCCAUACAGGAGAGAAACCCUAUGAGUGCAACAAAUGCGGGAAAGCCUUUACUGAUAAGUCAUGCCUUAAUAAACAUCAGAGAACUCACACAAGAGAGAAACGGUUUGAGUGUCGUGUAUGUCAGAAAGGCUUCAGCGAUAAGUCACAGCUCACUUUACAUCAAAGAACUCACACAGAAGAGAAACCCUACAGAUGUGAAGAAUGUCAGAAAAGCUUCAGCAAUAAGUCACAGCUCAUUAUUCAUCAGAGAUCUCACACAGGAGAGAAACCCUAUGGUUGCAAUGAGUGUGGGAAAACAUUUCCCCUUAAGUUUAGCCUCAUUUUACAUCAAAAAACACAUACAGGGGAAAAACCUUAUGGAUGCAGUGAAUGUGGGAAAGCCUUCAUCCAGAGAUCUGAGCUCAUUAGACAUCAGAGAACUCACACAGGAGAGAAACCAUAUAAUUGCAGUGACUGUGGGAAAGGCUUUAGUGUAAAGUCACUCCUCAAUACUCACUUGAGAACUCACACAGGAGAGAAGCCCUACGGAUGCAGUGAAUGUGGAAAAACAUUCUCCAUCAAAUUUAGUCUCAUCCUACACCAAAGAACUCAUACAGGUGAGAAACCCUAUGAAUGCAGUCAGUGUCAGAAAGCUUUCACCCAAAAGUCACAUCUCACUAUUCAUCAGAGGUCUCACACCGGAGAGAAACCUUAUGAGUGCAGUGAAUGCCACAAAGCCUUCAGCCGGAAGUCAUAUCUCCUUAUUCAUCAGAGAAUUCACUCGGGAGAGAAACCUUAUGAAUGCCACGAAUGUGGGAAAGCUUUCUGUCACAAGUUUAGCCUCAUCAUUCAUAAGAGAAUCCAUACAGAGAGAAACCCUAUGGAUGCAGUGAAUGUGGGAAAACUUUCCCUAUCAAGUUUAGCCUUGUUUUACAUCAGAAAACACAUACAGGAGAAAAACCCCAUGAAUGCAGUGAAUUUGGAAUAA